GCACGCCGCUGUUCAGAAACAUAACGGAGAUUCAGCGGAACAGAAUACUUUAAAUCUCCAGAGAUCGUCUUCAUUAAUCCAGACUCACAGUUUCACAACAACGAGCAGAAUAUGACACCUAUAUUUCUACUUUUAUUGGUCCUGGGCGGUGUGUCGUCUGGCGCAGAAACAGACGGGGUGAUGUCAGUGAUGGAGGGAGAUUCCGUCACUCUACACACAGAUCUCACUGAAAUACAGAAUGAUGAUACCAUUCUGUGGACGUGUGGACCUAAAGGAUUCGUCUUAUCUCAAAUAACGAGAAAGAAUGAUUUUACCUCAUUUUUUGUCACUGAUGAGCCUAAAUUCAGAGGCAGAUUGCAAGUGGACCAAAAGACUGGAACUCUCACCAUCAGAAACACCAGAAUCAGACACUCUGGACAAUAUAAACGAACAAUCUCUAGAGAAAAUACUACGAUAAAGAUAUUUAAUGUCGCUGUCUUUGAGGCAGUUGUUGAGACGGAUGGAGUGAGGUCAGUGUCAGUGAUGGAAGGAGAUCCUGUCACUCUACAACAUGAUGCUGAAAUACACACAGAUGAUCUGCUCCUGUGGAGGUUUGGAGAUAAAGGCAUCCUCCUGGCUAAAGUUGAUGUAGAGACUAAAGAGACUUCAUUAAACGAUGCUGAUGAAAGAUUCAAAGAUCGACUGCUGCUGGAUCAGACUGGAUCUCUGACCAUCACAAACUCCAGAACUGAACACGCCGGGCUUUAUGAAGUAGAGAUCAGAGGCCGUGAGAGCUCACAGCGGUUCCUUCUUUCUGUCAGUGCUGUUUCAGAUUUGACUCUGUCUUUUGGUGAAAUAGCAGCAAUAGUUGGCGCUGUUCUGCUGGUGGCUGCAAUUUUAGCUGCCGUGGUGAUUUACCAUCGCAGACAGUUUGCUAAACUGCAAAUAGAGAAGAAAAAUCCCGUGCAAGAGGGAAUGGAUGUCACUCUACACACUAGUACUCAACUACAUAAAGAUGAUGUGAUACAGUGGUGUUAUGAAGAUGAAGAGAAUCUCAUUGCUAAAUUCGAUACAGGGAAGACUGAGAAACAUGUUUACGAUGGUGCUGAUGGGCGAUUCAGAAGCAAACUGAGUCUGGAUGAUACUGGAAAUCUCACCAUCAGUGACAUCAAGACCAUUCACUCUGGACACUAUAAACUCAAGAAGAUCAGCAGCCGUAAAAGAAUAACAAACAAGACCAUUUUGGUUCCUGUGACUGGUGGGUAA